CGCACUCAGCCGCUCUCCGCGUCCCAGCGUCCCAGCCGCGGCCCGCGCCCCUCUGUCCCACUCCUCCUCCUCCUCCGCCGCCGCCGCCUUUCUGGGCGCCUCUCGCCCCCUCCCUUCAGCAGCGGCUAGGCUUGGGCUGCGGUCGCCCCCAACCCCUAGUCGGCCACAUCCCCAACUCUCUGGGGUCACUCCUGGGACGCGCGUCCUCGCCCCAUCCUUUCUUCCUUCCUUCCUUCCCCUUGCGCCCGCCCUCGCUCUCCAGGUCUCCGGCCCGGGUCCCGAUUGUCUCCGGCCCCUACUCAGCCCGCGCCUCGCCCUGCCGGGUCUCUUUCUUGCACUUCCUGAGUCGCCCGCCGCCGCAGUCGCGCCGCGCCCGGGAGCCCGAACUCGAGACGCCGCUGCCCAGGCUCCAACCCGCCGCGCCCGGGGAAGGGAAAAGUGGGCGAGCGCGCCCUCGCCCAGCCCCGCGCCCCAGCCCUGCCCGGCGAGGGAGGACCGGGAAGAUGAACAACGGCGUCAAAGCCGAGAAGGAGAACACCCCGAACGAGGCCAACCUUCAGGAGGAAGAGGUCCGGACCCUAUUUGUCAGUGGUCUCCCUCUGGAUAUCAAACCUCGGGAGCUCUAUCUGCUUUUCAGACCAUUUAAGGGCUAUGAGGGUUCUCUUAUAAAGCUCACAUCUAAGCAGCCCGUAGGUUUUGUCAGUUUUGACAGUCGCUCAGAAGCAGAAGCUGCAAAGAAUGCUUUGAAUGGCAUCCGCUUUGAUCCUGAAAUUCCGCAAACACUACGACUAGAGUUUGCAAAGGCAAACACGAAGAUGGCCAAGAACAAACUAGUAGGGACUCCAAACCCCAGUACUCCUCUGCCCAACACUGUACCUCAGUUCAUUGCCAGAGAGCCAUAUGAGCUCACAGUGCCUGCACUUUACCCCAGUAGCCCUGAAGUGUGGGCCCCGUACCCUCUGUACCCAGCGGAGUUAGCGCCUGCUCUACCUCCUCCUGCUUUCACCUAUCCCGCUUCACUGCAUGCCCAGAUGCGCUGGCUCCCUCCUUCCGAGGCUACUUCUCAGGGCUGGAAGUCCCGUCAGUUCUGCUGAAUACUGUGCUUGAAAAAACCCUGCCCAGUUUUGAUCCCUUCAAGACUUUGCCACAGCCUCUAUCACACAUCUGUUUUUCUCGAAGAAAAAAAAUAUAAUAAAAAUGUUUUACUCUUGUACACUGUAUAAUUUUAAGAAAUAGUGUGUUUUUUUGUGAACGCAUGGUCUGACAUACAUUUCUGUACAGUUUGGAGAUAUUUUCAAACGAGACAUAAAAGAUGUCAACAAUAAAACCAAGAGAGUGAGUAUUUUUGUACCAUUUAAGGACGACAGGAUGGCUGAUCUUACACUGGGUAGGACAACAAUUUUUGUGCUUGACUUUUGAAUGCUUGUAAUUAAAAAUAUCUAUUUUUUUCCUCUAAAAUAAGCUGCAUGUUUGAGGCAUGGUUUUAAGUAUCAAAAUUUCCAGAAUUGUAUUGUGAACAUAGAAAUCUGUGCCUGGCCUGAGUCCAGGGUAAAUCAGAAGCGUGACGUUAGAAACAGAAUUGUGCUGUCUUCAGUACGAGGUGUACACUCGCAGCUCUGGCAGGACAUCCCUGCAAGACAAUCAAAGCCUCCAGGAGCUUCUACCAUGGCGGCACAUUCCCAGCUGGGCAAAGAAGCCUUUCCUUGGUACAAAUUCCUGCUCAGAGCGAGCCCUUAAGAAAGCCCUGGCUGCUCCAGAGGAGGCUGUACAAACUGACGCACAGAUGCCUCAUGCCCACUGCAGUGUCUCACUGAGAAGGCGAAACCUCGGCUUGGGAGGCCAGGCUGCCUCAGGAGGGGGCUGGCUUUUGCCCAACCUGCGUGGCUGCGGUGGGCCGCUCAGAGCUCCCAAGUGAUUCCUGAGUCUGGCACCAUGAUGCCAAACGAGCCAUUGAAAACUUGACCUUGCACCCUGUGCGCUCACAGGGACACUACCUACCACACCGGCCCAGAGAGCGGGGGUGCAGCCAGUGGGCGUUCGGAAUGAAUGCUGUGCAGCUCCAAGACGUCUCAAAACCAGAAAGUCAGUCUUGUGUCAGAAGCUGGCACAUUUCCAGUCUGACAGCUCAGUCUCUCCCCCUGUCGUAGAAGAGCCAUGUGCAAAAAUAUACUGAUCCUAAGAAUCACAAUCUUUCUUACUGACCUGCUCACAUUCUGCUGAAGACUUCAUUGUUUUAAUGAUUAUAUGGUUGGUUUUGGGGUUUUUUUGUUUCAUUAUUUUCCAUUAGAAAGAAAGAUGUCAAGAAGCUUUUAAGGUCAUCACAACAAAACCACAGAGAGCCAGGGGAGAGGGGCUGUCACCCUCACAAAAAUGAGGCCGAGUGCACUCGGCGGCGUGGGGCCAGCUGUGUUCUGCCCUGCUUACGCCUUGGGCGCCGCCUGGCUCGCAGUGAGACUUCUGUCCUCUUGUUUCUAAGGAAAACAGCAACUUCCACACAAUCUAUUAUGCUUUUAUAAACUGUUUAAAGGUACUUUUCUAUUGUCCUUUUAAAAAAUAAAGUCCUUAUCCCAGCUGUCA